AUGGCUAGAGACAAAGAGAGAUCAGUCAACCCUGUACAACAGCAGCGCAAGCUUGAAAAGGCGAAACAACUGAAAAAGAGUCGGACGGAGCUACAGGCCCGGCGCAAUGAAAAAUUGGCGCGGCGGAAUCCUGAGCGGAUACAACGGCAAAUUGAUGACCUCAAAGCUCUCGAGGCGUCAGGAGAUAUAAAACCGCGCGAGAAAGCAAUUCUAGAAGGCCUUGAGCGAGACCUCAAGGCGAUUCGCAAGGCAAGAGAAGCACUAGGUGACAAAGCGCCACAUUUUGGAGGCCAGCAACGAGGAAGAGAAGGUGAAACACAUAACGUUCUGGGUAAGAGACGGCAUGAUGGCGGGCGCAAACACUUCCCUUCUCGAGUCAACUCGUCAGGAAGCGAUACGGACGAGUCGGUCCGGAGGAUACCUAUGCCAGAAGAUACUCCGCCGCCGAUCCCGCGCGAAUUCAGACACAGCUAUCGAAACGCGGAACACAAUCGAGAAAAUAUGGACGCUCGACUACCGAAAUCUGCACCGGCACCUGUCCCGAAAACGACGUAUGAAAGCGCCCCACAGAUACGUGACCUGCGCAAGGAAGCCGUCGGUCGAUUUGUGCCGGAUGUUGUGCGCAGGAAGCAAGAGGCCGCAAAAGGAGGGGUGACGGGAUAUUUGAUUGAGCCAGAGGAGAUGGAUCGAUUAGAGGCUGAAGGAUACCUGCCAACAGGACAGGGAAAGCCGAGGACGAAUGGGAAAAGCGAGAAUGCAGGAGAGGACCAAGCAAGUGCGCAAAGGCUGGCGGAGGAAGAGGAACGGUUUCUCCGCGAGCUGCAAAUGCAAGAUGUCAGCGAGGAGAUUCUCGAAGAAAAUGGUCAAGAGUCCUCGGUCCCCAAUAGGAGUACUGAACAACAGUCGCAGAGACGAGGCAAGCCCGUCGAGAUUGAAGAGGUGGAGGAUGAGGAUGCUUGA